AUUCAUUCAGGUUGUUCUUUUUAGACACUUAGCAAUGUAUGAAGACAUUUAGAUAUUUUUAUAAUUAGACAAAACAAUAUGGCCAGCAAUAAUAUUGAUGAUGAAGAGCUUGCAAGGAGAAGAAAAAGAGGGUUAUUGAAGAUGUAUUAUGGUGCAAACGAACAACAACAACAGCAAAAUCCAUAUGAUAUUAACCAAGCUCACUUCCAACAUGAUAAAUAUUUAGAUAAACUUUUUAAAGAAAAGUCUUUACAUGAAUUAAUGGACAAAGAGAGUGAGAUAAUUAAACAAAUCCGUAGCCUGGACAGUGACAUGCAAACCUUAGUUUAUGAAAAUUACAAUAAAUUUAUUGAUGCCACAGACACCAUCAAAAAGAUGAAAAACGACUUUCGAAAAAUGGAAGAUGAAAUGACAAAACUAGAUACAACUUUAUCAUCUGUCACUGAGUUUAGUGAUAAAGUAAAUUCUGCGCUACAUGAGAAGCGAAGUCAUAUUGCACAACUGUCUGGAGUGCAUACUUUACUCCACAAGCUUCAAUUUUUAUUCGAGUUACCUAACAGGUUGAAGAAAUGUAUUGAGUUGAAGCAAUUUGCUCUGGCUGUCAGGUAUUACAUCAAAGCACGAGAUGUGUUAAACAAGUACAAACACAUGCCUUCAUUUCAAGGAAUUCAUUCCGACUGCGAAGCAAUUGUUGUUGACCUCAUGCAAAAUCUUCGAGAACAACUAAGAAAUCCAACAUCUUCAACAAGACAACUGACUGAAUGUGUAGAUUUAUUACUUAAACUUGGUGAGCCGGCUGGUGCAUUGUGCGAGGAAUUUCUCUCCUUAGCUCGUGACAAAGUUGACGAAAGUCUGGAAAAUCUUCGCUCACAGGUGGAGUUAAAUAUAGAAGGAGAAGAAUUAGGUGUCAAUGAAAAAAUGGAUGACAGAAAACCAACGGAUAUAUUAGAGUUUAUGGAUUGUGGAUGUAAUGGAUUCUUAGGAGACAUAUCAUUAGUGAUAGCAUCUUAUAACGAGUUGUUCAUGACUAGAGAAAUAAACAGUUCUACUGAAAUGUCUAAGAUUAAAGAGGUUGCUAAUGAAAAGCUGACAAGUUUUAUAACAAACAACAUGGCGGAAUAUUUUAAAUUUGUACGAAAGAGAUUAGAACACGAGACUCAAACUGAGGAUAACACUAUCUUAGUUAGAGCGCUGGAUAAAUUUUAUCGCAAGGUGCAGUCGGUUCAUCAACUUAUGCCAGAAUCUGGAAUGGACCGUACCGCUGCUAACAUUGUCGCCUUCUCUGCUAACAAUCGUGUUGCACAAUAUUCGACCUUUUUAAAGGAUCAGCUUUCAGGUAUAAUCACGGAUACGAGACAAGCUCUUUUAACUUCGCGUUCACCAGAGGCCGAUAAUUCAUCCAUUGCUGAUAUAUUACGUCAGACAUCGGAGUGUAUUCAAGAACAAGUUAAAAGUGUCUUGCUUAACCUUAAAGCGUUCAUCAAUCCUGAUGUAGCGUUUUCAAUGAAGCCAUACUUUAGAGGGCCGUUUUGCAUCGACGACAUUCGCGAGGGUUUGAUUGUGAUGUUUCUAAAACAUUUGGUUGAAAGAUGUAAUGAUUUUUCUCAAGACAGUAAUAAGGACAACAGCGUACCAGCUCCACUGCUACUCAUCAUGUGCAGGCUUUGUUUUGAUUUCGCAAACAAUAUUGUCAGCCAUCUUCUGAAGGUAACCGAGGGCUGGUUUCCAGUAGAGGAUGAGAUUCGACAAGGUUGUCUAGUAACAAAAUCAGAAGAACUUCAGAUUGACUUUAAAGAAGCUUCACAGGAGCUGCUUAAUAGAUACGUUGGAUCACAAGGAUUAGCUAUAUCUCAGAUGAUGCGAAAAAGUGUGGAAACAAGAGAUUGGUUGAAUACAAUAGAGCCACGCACAGUGCGAGCUGUUAUGAAACGCGUUGUUGAAGAUAUCACGUUUAUGGAUAGUCAGGUGGGGCUGUUGUUCGAAGAAGGAAUACGCAAAGCAAACAGUUCCGAUUCCAGUCGAUUAACACAUAACUACAGCGUUUCACGAGCGGCUCCACAAAGAGGACAGUUUAAUUAUGGAAACAAUUUGAAUGUUGAUACGAGUUUGAUGAGCAACAUCCAAAAACUCUUCACUGAACGCAUCGAAGUGUUCACUUCAGUUGAUUUUUCCAAAGUAUCUGUGCUUACUGGAAUAGUAAAGAUCGCUCUCAAGACGCUCUUAGAAUGCAUCCGGCUACGCACGUUUAGUAGGUUUGGAUUGCAGCAAAUACAGGUCGAUACACACUAUUUAUCUUUGUUUCUGUGGAGAUUUGUCAAUGAUGAAAAUGUUGUCCAUUUUUUGCUUGACGAGUCAGUCAACAGUGCAAUACAUCGGUGCAUAGAGCCAGAGUUAAUGGAGCCGAGUGUGGUGGAUAUGAUAUGCGACAAGAACUAAAGUUUGUUACCAUUUUUUGUACAUACUGAAUAUUCGUUGCUGGCAAUGUAAUUAUUAUUAUCAAGACUAAAAAAUAAAAAAAAAAUAAUUUAUAA